GAAGUUUUUUUUGCUAACUUUUGUGUCAUUUUCCUACAAUAGUGAUAUUUUAUGAAAGCAGUAACGCAGCCAGCACCGUGCUUUACAGUGAUUAGAGCAGAGAGGCGUUGUUGGGUCCGACACAAAGCUUGGGACAGCCCCCUGCCAGACUGCUGCACCAAUCGCCUCCAUCUGACAGGGAUUAAGUGUGACACGGAGCUCCUCUCUCACACUCCGGACCACAUCAUAACUUUUGAGAGGUGGGAAAACGGCACUGACUUCUCCUUCGUUUAACAGCAGAACAGGCGAAAAGGACGUGCACCGGGGGCCCAAUGGAGAAAUCCAAAAACUUUCGCAUUGAUGCGCUUUUAGCAGUCGAUACACCCAAGGUGCAGACCUCCCCGCUUGCGCUUGUGACUUCCCUGUCCUCCUCCUCUUCCUCCUCCUCCAUCCCGUCGUCUCGAAGUGUGGCAGCCCCGGAGUUGACCACCAGCGCCGAGUCUUUACGCGCAGAGACGCCGUCCCCGCCGAGGAUUUCCACCUGCGGCUUGAUUCCUAAACCGGGUUUCCUCAACAGUCCGCACAGCAUGGUUGGAUUACAUCCGCAGAGCACCGCAGGGAUCCCCGCACAGGCUCUCUACGGUCAUCCCAUGUAUACCUACUCCGCUGCUGCCCUCGCAGGCCAACACCCUGCCCUGUCCUACUCCUAUCCACACGGCUCCCAUCACCACCACGCCAGUGAUCCAAUCAAACUGACAGCCAGCACCUUCCAGCUGGACCACUGGCUCCGGGUCUCCACAGCCGGGAUGAUGCUGCCAAAAAUGUCUGACUUUAAUUCUCAGGCGCAGUCCAACUUGCUUGGCAAGUGCAGAAGACCCAGAACUGCAUUCACAAGUCAGCAGCUGCUGGAGCUGGAGCAUCAGUUCAAACUGAAUAAGUAUCUGUCACGACCGAAGCGCUUUGAAGUGGCCACGUCCCUCAUGCUGACAGAAACACAGGUCAAAAUCUGGUUCCAGAACAGACGGAUGAAGUGGAAGAGAAGUAAGAAGGCCAAAGAGCAGGCCGCCCAGGAGGCCGAGAAGCAAAAAGGCAACAAGAGCGGCCAGGAGAAAUGUGACGGACUCGAACAGUCGGAUUAUCACAGCAAGACAGACUCAAAAAAUGGCAGAAUAAGAGACUUCAGGGACAGUGACGACGAUGAAGGCGAUAAUUUCCUGUACAACUCGUCAGACUGCUCCUCAGACGACGAGAGGAAUCACACCAGUGACAUAAGUCCGCAGCCUUGAAGCGGAAGAUCUCCAUUUAUAAUGACUGUGGGGGAAUUUCGCUAUAAAAUGCAGUUGCAUGUAAUCCAACCUCUAAUCACCUACAUGGAAUAAAUUAGCUUUUUUUUUUUUUUUGUUAUGAAAAGAAUAAAAUUUAGGUCAAGAAUAAAUGACCCUCAUGUCAUAGUCUACUAAACACGCAAUAAAAACAGGAUAUUUAAGUUUAAUGAUACACACACUGUAGGAACACCCUUCAGCACUCGGCUAUAGCAUCCACUGUGACAUUGCAUGGUUUAUAUGCAAAACGCUGUAAACUGGCUCAGGACUUUGCAAUCUCUCCCUGCGAUGAUGGUUAGUUUUCUCAGCAAUAGUCUUUCAAUAAUAUCCAGCACACACAGUCAAUAAUCCGCUGUCACUUGUCUUAUUUUGUUCUUUGUGGUGUUAUACUUCCGUAGUCUGUCAUGUCACGCUGGAAAAAAAAAUAUGUAUGUUUAUUUUUCUAUACUGUAUUUAUAAAAUGGUCAUACCAGUGCAUGCUAAAUUAUCGUUUAGCGUCUCUCUUGGUGCAAACAAUGUGAAAUAAAAAUGUUUUUAUAUAAAACUCAGUUGGUAUUAUGGCGCAAAUCUUUUUUUUUUUUUUUUUUUUCUUGAAAUCUAGUCCCUUGAUUUACGACGUAGCUACUCGCAGAUUUUCAGCCUGGACGCGAAUACAGGCUUGUGUUUUUCCCCUUGCUCUGACAGGUGGGGUCAUGGGAAUUACUGUUAAUAGCGCUGUCGGAUCUGUGCAAACGUGCAGCGAGAGCAAACAGCAAGUAGGCAGGCAGACGCAGGAAACAUUUCACACCACACUAGCAAUGGGCUCGUAUUAAUAAACCUUUUAAACGGCCUGUUAAGCGACAGCUGCGGGCACUAUUUUCAGGGCUGGAGACAUUUCAAACUCAUUUACAACUCCAAAUAUCUUUAAUUUUUUUUGUUUUUUUGUUAUACAGAGCGAUUUAAAUGUUACUAUACCAAAUUAGGGCCUAAGCCACCCUUGUCAAAAUAUGAACAUAGACUGUCACAUUUUAUUUUGAAAGGUAUUUGUUGUUGGGCAACCAGUAAAAUUGGACACAAGAUGAAAGAUAGUCCUGAGCUGACCAUGAGAUACAUAUGUCCUCCCUCUGAUUAUAAGUGCAAAUAACUAAUAAUGACAAACUAUUAACAUAAAACAUCUAUAAGUUGUUCUCAUGAUUUUGGGCUGGGCUCUGCAUUUUACAAGCAUGCUCAAAUGCAAACCAAACAUCCCAUCCACAUCACUUUCCUACAACACAAAGCAUUUAUUUAUUUGGUGCACCUUAUCCGCUGCUAUAUUGACAUACAAUACGAUUUUUUUUUCCAGCCUAGUCCUUUAUUUUGUAAUCUUAUGUCUACCAAUGUGACUGAGCUACUGGGACAAUUUAAUAACUCACCUGUGCAUCAGUUACUUUCCAGAAAACACGGCCACAGAAUGGUCUCACUCGUUAUCAUUGUUCCUGCCGUCAUCAGCGUUAAACUAUAGCAGGGGUUGACUGAUUAUGGGCCAUUUGUGAAAGGAUUACUGAGGGAUCUGCUGGUUAUCUUCUGCUGUUUGCUUUUAGCUUUAGCAGACUAAAAUCAAAGUUCAGCUGAGGGUCAAGCCCAACCAGAGUGCACCAGGUAAAGCUGAUGGCAACUCUCUGGCUCACGGCUGCAGACAAUGGCCAGUGUAUGGACUGCACAGUGAGCCUACUGAUCCCACUAUCUUCAUUUUCUGACUGACAAUUUCUCCCAGUAUUCUCCAGUUCUCACUGAAAACACCACCAGCGCAUGUGUGUCCUUGUGUUGUUGUGUUGUGCUCUUUGUCGUCAAAACACUGAAUGAUACCCAUUAUUAAAACACCUCUGUACUCCUUUCGACAUGAGCUUACUUUGUGGUUUGUGUACGCGAGUGGAGGACAUUUCCUCUGGGUGACCUUGGUGGCCCAUUCCUGACCUCAGCCCAUGCUCCAGCCUUGGAUUUAUACAGGCCGCACCAAUGGAGCUAAUUAAUGGGAGCAAGUAUCAAAUGUAACAGAACGACUCUGCUAUGCUAACCACGCAGGGAGAUACUGGUGUCAGCGAGCAAACAGAAAAGGCUAGACUAAAGGCCCCGGGUCAUUUCAUCAGGGCGUGUAAACAGUGAAUGAACGACAUCACAAGUCCCUCUAUUCUCACUGCUCUUGUUUAUGUCACACUCACAGCAGCCGAGUGGAAAUAUCAACGGGAAACGUUGAAAAGAUGCAAAAUAUUCACUAAUCAGUUGUGUUUAAGGCUGAAAAAGAGGGUAUUAUAAUGUGCUUUAUUUUGUGUAACAGUGUAAAUAGAUUCAGUAAAGCCAGGAA